AUGGAUAACUGGGACAGCGGCAACGAAUUCAUUCGGCGCCUGGAUUUUUCCAGCUGUGAUGAAGAGAGUGAAGACAGAAGCAUAAACGAGGAGGAUGCCCUGAGCUCAAGUCCCCCCAGGAGCAGCGAGUUCCAGAAGUGGCAAGAGAGUAGUCCUCUGCCAGCAACCCCUCCGAGAAAGCUCAGUGAGAUUUUCCUAAGUAGGACAAAAGCCUGGGUGAGUCCCACCCUGCACUCUUCCCCAGUGGUGAGCAAGAGCCGGGGCAGUGCCGAGACACCAUUGUGCAUCACCUGGAAAAAGCUGCAGCUGCGUGACACCCCGCACACGCCCAAGAGCCUGUUAUCAAAGACAGCUUUUCCUUCAUCUGGGACAAAGGUCCCACCCAAAGGCUUCCAACACCUGAGAUUCACUCCUGGUGCUGACUCAGAUGUCUCUACCCAAGCUUCUCAUGUCAACAUUAAUCCCUUUACACCAGAGUCAUAUCGACAAAUGCUCUUUCUUCCAAAGAGCGGAAGCAAGCGGAAGACCAGAGGAGAGCUGACGGAUCCUGACCGAAGAAGCCAAAUAAAGAAGGAGCUCCCUACAAAGAGAUAUCCUCUGAAAGAGAGCAAUAUGGUUUCCCGCUACCAGAAGGAGUUCCUGGAACUGGAAAAAAUUGGUGUGGGGGAAUUUGGCUCUGUCUACAAGUGCAUCAAACGCCUCGAUGGAUGUGUUUAUGCCAUCAAACGCUCCAAAAGGCCUCUGGCAGGAUCCUCAGAUGAGCACCUGGCACUUCGUGAAGUUUAUGCUCAUGCUGUCCUUGGACAUAGCCCCCAUGUUGUGCGCUACUACUCGGCCUGGGCAGAGGACGAUCACAUGAUUAUCCAAAGUGAACACUGCAACGGUGGGAGUCUCCAAGACGCGGUGCUGGAAAAUGCAAAGCUUGGCCAGUAUUUCCCAGAAGCAGAGCUGAAAGAAAUAUUGUUACAAGUCUCCAUGGGGCUAAAAUACAUCCACAACUCUGGCCUUGUGCACCUGGAUAUCAAACCUAGUAAUAUCUUCAUCUGUCACAAGCUGGCAGCUGCGAGCCCUGCUGGGCAGGAGGAGAGUGACAGCGAAGACGAAUUCUCUUCUGGUGUGGUGUAUAAGAUCGGUGACCUUGGCCAUGUGACAUCAAUAACAAACCCCCAGGUGGAGGAAGGAGACAGGCGGUUUUUGGCCAAUGAGGUUUUGCAAGAGCAAUACUGCUAUUUGCCGAAGGCAGACAUCUUUGCCCUGGCACUCACAGUAGCUCUAGCAGCCGGGUCGGCACCGCUGCCUCACAACGGGGCCAUGUGGCACCACAUCCGCAAAGGCAAUAUCCCACCCAUCCCCCAGAAGCUUCCUGAUGGCUUUCUUGAACUCCUCAAGCUCAUGAUCCAUCCUGACCCGGUGGAAAGACCUUCUGCCACAGCUCUCACUAAACAUCCGGUUCUCCGUCCUUCAUGUGGAAAAGCUGUGCAGCUCCAGAAGCAGCUCAAUGUGGAGAAGUGCAAGACUGCCAUGCUGGAAAGGUGCGGCGGCGGGAUGUUGCGGCGAGCGGCGUGGCAGGUGCUUCGCCAGUUUGUAAGACAUGAGUCUGAUACGGUCACCUCCUUGGUGCUCGAAAGAUCCAUGAAUCGUGUUCAGUUACUUGGUCGGGUUGGACAGGACCCUAUCAUGAGGCAAGUGGAGGGAAAAAACCCCGUUACCAUAUUUUCUCUUGCAACCAAUGAGAUGUGGCGAACAGGGGACAGUGAGUUAAACCAGGGAGGUGAUAUCAGCCAGAAGACAACAUGGCACAGGAUCUCUGUCUUCAGACCGGGCCUCAGGGAUGUCACAUAUCAGUAUGUGAAGAAGGGUUCUCGAAUCUAUGUUGAAGGGAAGCUGGACUACGGUGAAUAUACAGAUAAAAACAACGUGAGGCGGCAGGCCACGACAAUUAUAGCAGAUAAUGUGAUUUUUCUGAGUGACGGUGGUGCGAAGGACAGGGCAUGAAGUUGUUAGCACUUGGAUCCCAGGCCAUUUCAUUCCUUUUGUUUUACAGUGCUUCAUAAUUCUGUAAUCAUGUAUAUUGCUGUAGGUUCUUUAAAAUAAAUAAAAUGUUUGAUACCUGUAGGGUAUCUGUCUGUA